AUGGUUAGUGAGGAAACAUUUGCUUCGGGAAGUUCUUCUACCCCACCUCCUCCAGAGCACGAUGUUGCAUCUGUGAAGUUAGCCAAGUUACUUGCUUUUCAAGAUUCCUUUUCUCAGUCCAAAGGAAAAGGAAUAUCUAUUGGCUCCAAGCAAGGAGGUGACGCAAACUACCAUCACGUCGUCUCUGAGCUUAAACAAGAGAUCAUGCUUUUGAAGCAUGAGUCAAUUGAUAAGGAUUUUCUGAAUGGCAGUCUGGAUGUGAGAGUUUCUAGCCUUGAACAGGAGAACUCUGUUAAAGAUGCAAAGAUUUCUAAACUUCAAGCAAAUCUUGGUGGUAUAACUGCUUUAUUAUUUGACGAAGCAGCGCUUAUAUCAGAAGUUUGGUGA